UAGACAUACCUUUGCAACACAAUUCUGACAUAACCUUAAAAUUAGAACUGAAUUAAAAUGUACCGGUUAGUAAUAAUUAUUUAUACAGCUACAUCUCAAAUAGUAUUUAACAAAAUUUAUCAAGAAAGUAAAACUAUAAUAGAUGAGGAGUUUCAUAUUUCCCAAGGUCUUCAAUAUUGUAAUUUUAAUUUUACAACGUGGAAUCCGAAGAUCACAACACUUCCUGGGCUAUAUUUAAUAUCAUCGCUAAUUUUAGGACCAUUUAACUUAUGCGGAACUUACGGUUUAAGAUAUAUAAGUUUUAUAUCCGGUUUAGUUAAUUUUAUUAUUUUUUCUAAAACCAUCCAUAAGUUGAAUCCAAAGUUUUCGAGAAAUAAAUCAUGGCUGUCUGCUUUAAAUUUAUCGCUGUUACCCCCUUUGUAUUUUUUUAAUAAUUUGUAUUACACGGAUGUUAUAUCACUGACGUUCGUUUUAAUCAUGAUUUUGGCAUCGUUAGAAAACAAGCAUUUAUUUGCUGCUUUGGCCGGAUUUGUAACUAUAUUAAUAAGACAAACUAACGUGAUUUGGGUUGGUUUCAUUUUUGGAAGAUAUUUUUUGAAUAAUUAUUUUCAUUAUUGUUUAAAAUCGAAAAAGGUUGUUAAAAACGAGUUAAUCACCGAUAGAGAUGUUAAGCACUUUUCGUAUAACGACUUCAAAAAUGUAUUCGCAUUAAAAAAAUUACCCGUUUCUGUGAUGGUAAAUUCAUUUUAUUAUGUGAUGUUAUUUUUAGGGUUCUUAGCUUUUUUGGUUAUUAAUAAAGGGAUUGUCGUGGGAGAUAAAACGGCGCAUGUUGCGGUUAUACACAUUCCACAAUUAUUUUAUUUUGCUACUUUCACUUUGAUUUUUGCGUGGCAUCAUUUUUUAGUUUUAAUACCGUCGUUUUUAAAUUUUGCUUGUAAAAGACCAAUUUGUUUUUUUAUCGCCAUAAUUGCAAUGGGGCUUAUUGUUCGUUACAACACCUUGGUUCAUCCGUAUUUAUUAGCUGAUAAUAGACACUACACGUUUUAUAUUUGGUCUAGAUUUUACGAAAAAAUUUCUUUGUUUCGAUUCGCAAUGAUCGUUCCGUAUUUGUUCGGGAUUUAUUGUAUGUUGUUUGUAAGUACUGCGCAAAAUGAUGUAACAUUAACUAUAUUUUAUGUUUUUUGUACCACGUUCGUGUUGAUAUUGCAAAAAAUGAUUGAAGUUCGAUACUUUUUAAUUCCGUUUGUGCUGUUUCGUUUAAAUAUUCGAAAUGUUACGUAUAAAAUUAUUAUUUUUGAAUUUUUUUAUUAUGUUAUCAUUAAUGUUGUUACGCUUAGAAUAUUUUUUAUGAAAGAUAUUUAUUGGGAUGAUUUUGAUUAUGUUCAAAAAUUAAUAUGGUAGGUAAAUAUAUAGAUUUCAUUUGA